CUCUCUCUCUCUCUGCUACUGCAACGCCACCGCUAAAUCCUAUUUAGCAGGAAAGAGUGAAGAGAACGCCUCCAUCUUCUAUAUCUCUUUGCACCCAUUCUAUCACACAUAGCCAUGCCUUCCAUUGCCGUUUUGUCUGAAACCCUAACCCCAUCAUCCGACCUCACAACCAAGCCUAAGAAGAUGAAGAAUAUCACCUCCGAAACCGUCGGACUCGAAUCUUCGAUUAAAAAGAAAGAGAAGAAGAGCAAGAAAGACAAGUCUGCAUCUCAAUCGACUGAUCCUUCUUCCGAUACUGAAAAAUCCGAGAAAAAGGUUAAGAGGAAACGUAAGGCUUCUUCGGAUACAGAUAACGACGAAGGGAAAAGCGAUACCAGUUCUGAGUUAGGCGAGCCUGUUAAUAUCAAGACUGAGGAGUCGAUGAAGAAAAGUAAGAAGAAAAAGAUGAAGACGGUUGAGGUAGAUGAAGAGGAGGUUGUGAUUAAAGAAGACAAUCCCAAUGCCGUUUCCAAGUUUAGGAUUUCUGAGCCAUUGAGGAAUGCUUUGAAGGCCAAGGGGAUUGAGGCUUUGUUUCCUAUUCAGGCUCGGACCUUUGAUUCGAUUUAUGACGGUCUUGAUUUGAUUGGGAAAGCUAAAACUGGUCAGGGAAAAACAUUGGCAUUCAUUUUGCCAAUAUUGGAGUCCUUAAUAAAUGGACCGGAGAAAGCAUCACGAAGGACCGGAUAUGGCAGGGCACCAACAAUUCUUGUGCUUUUGCCAACUAGAGAGUUAGCAAAACAGGUAUUUUCAGAUUUUAAAGCCUAUGGUGAGGCUGUGGGUCUAACUGCGUGUUGUUUGUAUGGUGGAGGAGGAGCAUCCAUUUCUCCUCAAACUGUGCAACUGAAAAGAGGGGUGGAUAUUGUCGUUGGAGCAGUUGGCCGUGUUAAGGAUCACAUCGAGAGGGGUAAUCUUGACUUGUGCUCAUUGAAAUUCCGUAUCCUUGAUGAAGCUGAUGAAAUGUUAAGGCAAGGCUUUGUUGAGGAUGUUGAAUAUAUUUUAGGCAAGGUGAAUGAUGCUAGCAAUGUUCAAACUGUUCUGUUUAGUGCAACAUUACCAUCUUGGGUGAAUCAAAUUGCAUCGAAGUUUUUGAAACCAAACAAGAAGAUUGUGGAUCUUGUUGGUUUUGAGGUAAUGAAGGCUAGUGAGAAUGUGAGACACAUCAUCAUGCCCUGCUCUAGCUCAGCGAGGUCCCAGGUCAUUCCUGACAUCAUUCGUCAUCACAGCAGUGGAGGACGAACUAUUAUUUUCACUGAGACGAAGGAUUAUUGUUCUGAACUUUCUGGACUGCUAGUUGGUGCUCGUCCUCUUCAUGGGGACAUUCAGCAGUCUGUGCGUGAGGCAACACUUGCGGGAUUCCGAUCAGGCAAGUUCAUGACACUAGUUGCUACGAAUGUUGCAGCACGAGGAUUGGAUAUUCAUGAUGUUCAGUUGAUUAUCCAGUGUGAACCACCCCGUGACGUUGAAGAUUACAUUCAUCGAUCUGGGAGGACAGGAAGAGCAGGAAAUUCUGGUGUUGCCAUUACGCUUUAUGAGCCAAGGAGAUCUAAUAUCUCCAAGCUAGAAAGAGAAGCAGGUGUUAAAUUCGAACACGUAUCUGCUCCUCAACCGGCUGAUAUUGCAAAAGCAGCUGGUGCAGAUGCGGCAGAAGCAAUAAUUCAAGUUGCUGAUAGCGUGGUUCCUGUCUUCAAGUCCGCUGCAGAGGAGUUGUUAAAUACUUCUGGACUGUCACCUGUAGAACUGCUUGCAAAGGCGCUAGCCAAGAGUAUUGGGUAUACUGAGAUCAAGAAGAGGUCACUUCUGACAUCCAUGGAGAACUACGUGACACUGCUUCUUGAAGCUGGAAAACCAGUUUACACCCCUUCAUUUGCAUAUGGCGUUUUGAGGAGGUUUCUUCCUGAAGAGAAAGUUGAGUCAAUUCAAGGUCUUGCACUAACAGCGGAUCAAAGAGGUGCCGUUUUUGACGUCGCUGUGGAGGAUUUGGACACUUUUCUUACUGGUCAGGAGAAUGCUAGCGGUGUAAGCUUGGAGGUUGUAAAAGAAUUGCCACAACUGCAAGAAAGAGAGCAGAGUAGGUCAAGAUUUGGAGGAGGUCGUGGUGGUUAUGGAGGCGGUGGUGGUGGGUUUUCUCGUGGUGGACGUGGUGGUGGUUUCUCUGAUCGUCGGUUUUCUAGAGGCUCUGGAGGUGGAGGCGGUGGUAGAGGCGGUCGUGGGGGGUACAAAAAGUGGUAAAAAGCUUCUUCCAUGGUUUCAUAGAGGGCCGAAGCAGAGCCUCUGCUAUUCUUUGAAACGCAUAGCAGUUUUGAUCUGAUGAAGAAAACAUUGUCAGUGUGUUUUUCUAUUAUUCUUUAGGGGUGUUUUUCAAUUUUCCCCAUUUUAAUUUAUUUUAUUUCUGUUAAAUGUAACGUAUACGUUAACAAUGGUUCUAUUUUAUCUAGGAUUAUAGUAUUAUCAUAUAAAAACGAGGUUAAUCUGAUAGGUGGGUUUGUCUUUGUCUACAA